AUGACACAACCAAACUGCCCUCUUCUAAAGCUUCCACCGGAGAUUCGCAAUUACAUCUGGACCUUGGCCGCAUUGAAAGAGGCUCAGUCGCAUUCCACGAAACCACAACAUCUCACUGAGUCAGCUCUCACGCAGACUUGCUCUCAGAUCCGAACCGAAGCACUCUCGAUCUUCCUCUAUGAAGUGGACCUUACGGUCACGCGCUUUCACAGCUCUGCCGACGUCAAAAAGGCUAAACUCACCAUCCACGGCAGCAUUGGCCUCCCACGCGCCCUGCGCCAUCGGUUGCCGCGCGCAUACUGCAUCGGCGACUUUGACACGGGACUCUCUAUCGACAUAACUGUGACAAAUGGACAUCCGAGGUUCACAGUCGUGUACUCCAUCAAGGGCACCACCGAGGGAGCCUCGCCUUCAAGAUUGGCGACGGAAGUGGCAAGAGCGACCGCCUUACCGCUGAGAUUCGGCUGUUGCCUAUCCACGGGGAUGGAUAAAGACAUCGAUCGUCCCAAAGGUCUAAAUGUCGAGGAGUGGCUCAUCAUGUUGGAGAGGUUGUGGAUCUACCUUCGAGAUUCUGGUGCGCAUUUCUGUGUCAUGAAGGAGCUCGAGCGUACGACGCGAUACCGAAAGAUGAGGAUCGACUUUUUCAAUCAGUAG